UGCUCCCUGGCGUGUCAUAAGAAGUGUCUGGAAACUCUGGCCAUCCAGUGUGGUCAUAAGAAGCUGCAGGGAAGACUACAUCUGUUUGGGAUAGACUUUACCCAGGCAGCUAAGAACAGCCCAGACGGGAUCCCCUUCAUCAUCAGGAAGUGUACCUCUGAGAUAGAGAACAGAGCACUCAACCUCAAGGGAAUCUACCGUGUGAACGGGGCUAAGUCUCGUGUGGAGAAGCUGUGUCAGGCGUUUGAGAACGGCAAAGACCUGGUAGAGCUCUCUGACCUCUCACCCCACGACAUCGCCAACGUGCUCAAACUCUACUUGAGACAGUUACCAGAGCCGCUGAUCCUGUACCGUUACUAUAAUGACUUCAUCGGAUUGGCCAAGGAGAGCCAGAGGGUGAUCAUCGAAGAGAAGGCUGCAGCCAGAGCCCUCCAGGACCAGGGACGGCCAGGGGGAGAACAACCCCGACCAGGAGACACCCAGCCUGGGGUAGAAGGAGAGCAGCCUCCCCUGACAACCAGCCAACCUGGAGGGGGAGAGCUGCCCAAACAGCCCAGUAUCAAACUCAACAGAGUCAUCUUUAAGAUUAGAGACCUGUUACGACAGCUUCCUCCUGCACACUACAGGACACUACGCUUCCUCACUGCACACCUACAUAGGGUGACGGAGCAGGCAGAGGAGAACAAGAUGACAGCCAGUAAUCUGGGCAUUAUCUUUGGCCCUACGCUGGUAAAACCCCGACAGACUGACGCAGAGGUCUCCCUGUCUUCUCUGGUCGACUACCCCUACCAGGCUCUGAUGGUGGAGCUGCUGGUACGUCACUUCCAGGUGAUCUUUGACUUAUCCAGCCCCUCCUCCUCCUACCCCCCCACCACCACCGCCACGGUGGGCCAGACCUCCUCCUCCUCCUACCGCCCCACCACCACCGCCACGGUGGGUCAGACCUCCUCCUCCUCCUACCCCCCCACCACCACCCCCACGGUGGGCCAGACCUCCUCCUCCUACCCUCCCACCACCACCUCCACGGUGGGCCAGACCUCCUCCUCCUACCCCCCCACCACCACCGCCACGGUGGGCCAGACCUCCUCCUACCCCCCCACCACCACCGCCACGGUUGGCCAGACCUCCUCCUCCUACCCCCCCACCACCACCGCCACGGUGGGCCAGACCUCCCCCCGACUCACCCCUCAGGAGAAGGAGCAGAGACUCAGCCUCCAAUCCACCUCCCUGCUCGACAUCAAGGAGAGUGCCAAAGUCUACAAGAGGCACUCGUCAGUCAUCCAGUCCUCUCAAACCCUGGAUGACGUGAGAGAGGUGAAGACAGACGGGAGAGGACCAGACGGGAGAGGACCAGACAGGAGAGAGUUAACAGCCGGCUCCUCCUCCUCUGCUGCUGGCUCUGCUUCGGUCCAGAGAUCUACCCUGGUGUUUGGCCGUCCCAGCCUCAACCUCUCCUCCUUUACCUCCUCCUCUACGGCCCCGAAGGUCCAGCUCCGGCCCCAGCGCGCUAGAAUCCUGUCUCGACCAAUCAGCAUGCCCCUGGAGCGCUUGCCCCUCCCCACCCCCUCACAGGUGGUCGACAGAAACAGCCGUAACAACCACGCUGCCGCCAGGUUGGAUCCCGCCGCUAACACCAUCGUGGAGUCAGCCGAGCCGGAGAAGCAGAAGGAGACGGAGAAGCCUCGGAUUGGUGGGGGGUCGAGGGUCAGUACCUAUUACAUCGACACCCAGCAGGCCGUGCAGCGGAGGCCCUGGGACAGGAAGUACAAACACUACGACGUCACGCCACGCACCGCCAUGAUCAUGGCUAACUUACCGCCGGCCGGUACUAGCCCUGGCCCAAAACCGGGGAAACAGCCGACGAUGCCGACACAACUGUCCGUAUCUGGGCCAACCAGCUCUGCUCUCCCAUCCAGUAGUAGUUUCAGCACUAUAUUCCCCAACAACCCAUACACAGUGUCGUUGAAGGCUGGCCAGAUGUCCAGAAGAGACAGAGAGGAGACUAAGGAUAGGCCUAACUCUGCUGCUGAAGGGGGUGGGGAGACAAGAACAUCUACCAACUCCCCCAUAAAGUUCAGACAACCAAGGAUUCUGCAGCCUCCACCCGGAACCUUCUACAAGCCUUCUGGUUAUUCAGGCACCAGAGGCUGGCCAUCAUUAAGUACCUCUGGGACCACUAGCCUCACCAAAAUGUCCCCAACUUCUUCUACUGUUAAAACCUCUUCUCCUACUGUUAAAACCUCUUCCCCAACUUCGUCUACUGUUAAAACCUCUUCUCCUAUUGUUAAAACCUCUUCCCCGACUUCUCCUACUGUUAAAACCUCUUCCCCGACUUCUCCUACUGUUAAAACCUCUUCCCCAACUUCUCCUACUGUUAAAACCUCUUCUCCUACUGUUAAAACCUCUUCCCCGACUUCUCUUACUGUUAAAACCUCUUCCCCGACUUCUCCUACUGUUAAAACCUCUUCCCCAACUUCUUCUACUGUUAAAACCUCUUCCCCGACUUCUCCUACUGUUAAAACCUCUUCCCCGACUUCUCCUACUGUUAAAACCUCUUCCCCGACUUCUUCUACUGUUAAAACCUCUUCCCCAACUUCGUCUACUGUUAAAACCUCUUCUCCUACUGUUAAAACCUCUUCCCCGACUUCUCUUACUGUUAAAACCUCUUCCCCGACUUCUCCUACUGUUAAAACCUCUUCCCCAACUUCGUCUACUGUUAAAACCUCUUCUCCUACUGUUAAAACCUCUUCCCCGACUUCUUCUACUGUUAAAACCUCUUCCCCGACUUCUCCUACUGUUAAAACCUCUUCCCCGACUUCUUCUACUGUUAAAACCUCUUCCCCGACUUCUCCUACUGUUAAAACCUCUUCCCCGACUUCUUCUACUGUUAAAACCUCUUCCCCGACUUCUCCUACUGUUAAAACCUCUUCCCCGACUUCUCCUACUGUUAAAACCUCUUCCCCGACUUCUCCUACUGUUAAAACCUUCCCAACCUCCCCUACUGUUACUGCUCCUCUCCUCCUCUCUUCCUCCCAUUCCUCCAGCAUUACUUUCUCCUCUUCUCCUAUGGUUACCACCACCAGCCCAUCCCCUAUUACCACCUACACUCUUCAAACCUCAAACCUCCCCACACACACCCUACAGGACUCUGUGGACAGCUCUGUUAGUGUUGACCCUGAGGUCACGACCUCCGCUGACCUUUCCCCCCGCCAGUCCCCUCCCCCCAGCAGCCCAGAGGACCCCAGCGAGGUCAUCCCGCUGCAACAAAGACUGAGACCCCGGCCCAGACCCGGCGCUCGCCUGCAGGAGUUAGAACACAGAGAGGCCCACUUUGUCUGAAACCUUAAAGGUAGACUUCGGUAUUCUUGAUAUCAUCACACACACAGACAGGGCCACUUCCUGCUUACAAAAAACAACAACAUUGGCCAAGACUACUGGUGUGUCUUUAAGAAUAGGGAGGGCAUCACUUGGGAAGAACCAAUGGUGGAGAUAUUUGGGAGAAUCUUGUUGUUGAUGUCUGUAAGCAGGAAGGAACAUCAACAACAAGAUUGCUAUGAGGAUUUCUUCCUUAUGUGGGCGUAGCUCAAGGGACAGAGCCAAUUGCGAAGAACCAAUCAUGGAACUGUUGUGAGAUUUUUGGGAGAAUGUUGCUGUUGAUGUCUGUAAGCAGGAAGAUGUCCCCACUGUGUAUGAUGAUGUCAUAUUGUUGUCUACCUUUGAAGCCAGAAAUCUUUUGUGUGUGUGUACAGUGUGUGUGUACAGUGUGUGUGUGUACAGUAUGUGUGUACAGUGUGUGCAGUGUGUGUGUGUACAGUAUGUGUGUACAGUGUGUACAGUGUGUGUGUGUGUACAGUGUGUGUGUGUACAGUAUGUGUGUACAGUGUGUGUCUGUGUGUGUGUCUUUAAAUACGUUCUACAGUGUAUCUCUGUACCAUAUUGUAUAUUGGGAAAAAGUACUAUUAUAUUGACGCCAAGACAAGAUGUGUGAAAGGAACACAGUGAAAGUGUUACAUUACACGUGUUUAAUAUAUUCUAUGUUACAGUCCUUACAAACAGAAGCAUGAUCUGUGAACGGUCGCUCUCUAGACAUUCGGAACAAGCAGGCUGGCUGGCAUUCAAUCUAUUGCAGAUACGGGAUUUCCAGAUAGCAAAUUGACAAAUUUUUAUAUCAAAAGUUAAUUUUCAUGUGUAACUGUCCAUUUCUGUGUGUGUCAGCUCCCUCCAUUUAUUUGCUGCUAUGCAAAUAAAAUGCACUUCUCAAACCGCUCUCUAGAAACCCACUAUCUGCAAUUAAUUGAAUCCUGUGUAAGUUAGUGUGUGAUGUCCUGGUCAACACUGCCCGUUACAUCUGAUGUCAUGGUCAACACUCCCCGUUACAUCUGAUGUCCUGGUCAACACUGCCCGUUACAUCUGAUGUCCUGGUCAACACUGAACUGUUACAUCUGAUGUCCUGGUCAACACUGCCUGUUACAUCUGAUGUCCUGGUCAACACUCCCCGUUACAUCUGAUGUCCUGGUCAACACUGCCCGUUACAUCUGAUAUCCUGGUCAACACUGCCUGUUACAUCUGAUGUCCUGGUCAACACUCCCCGUUACAUCUGAUGUCCUGGUCAACACUGCCCGUUACAUCUGAUGUCAUGGUCAACACUGCCUGUUACAUCUGAUGUCCUGGUCAACACUCCCCGUUACAUCUGAUGUCCUGGUCAACACUGCCCGUUACAUCUGAUGUCAUGGUCAACACUGCCUGUUACAUCUGAUGUCCUGGUCAACACUCCCCGUUACAUCUGAUGUCCUGGUCAACACUGAACUGUUACAUCUGAUGUCCUGGUCAACACUGCCUGUUACAUCUGAUGUCCUGGUCAACACUGCCUGUUACAUCUGAUGUCCUGGUCAACACUGCCCGUUACAUCUGAUGUCCUGGUCAACACUCCCCGUUACAUCUGAUGUCCUGGUCAACACUGCCCGUUACAUCUGAUAUCCUGGUCAACACUGCCUAUUACAUCUGAUGUCCUGGUCAACACUGCCUGUUACAUCUGAUGUCCUGGUCAACACUCCCCGUUACAUCUGAUGUCCUGGUCAACACUGCCCGUUACAUCUGAUAUCCUGGUCAACACUGCCUGUUACAUCUGAUGUCCUGGUCAACACUGCCCGUUACAUCUGAUGUCCUGGUCAACACUGCCCGUUACAUCUGAUGUCAUGGUCAACACUGCCCGUUACAUCUGAUAUCCUGGUCAACACUGCCUAUUACAUCUGAUGUCCUGGUCAACACUGCCUGUUACAUCUGAUGUCCUGGUCAACACUGCCCGUUACAUCUGAUGUUCUGGUCAACACUCCCCGUUACAUCUGAUGUUCUGGUCAAUACUGCCUGUUUUUGUUACAAAGAUUCUAUCUGCCAUUACUGCCAUGUCAUCAAUAGAUUAUAUCUGCCAUUACUGCCAGGUCAUCAAUAGAUUCUACCUGCCAUCACUGCCAGGUCAUCAAUAGAUUCUAUCUGCCAUUACUGCCAUGUCAUUAAUAGAUUCUAUCUGCCAUCACUGCCAGGUCAUCAAUAGAUUCUACCUGCCAUUACUGCCAUGUCAUUAAUAGAUUCUAUCUGCCAUCACUGCCAGGUCAUCAAUAGAUUCUACCUGCCAUUACUGCCAUGUCUUCAAUAGAUUCUACCUGCCAUUACUGCCAUGUCUUCAAUAGAUUCUAUCUGCCAUUACUGCCAGGUCAUCAAUAGAUUCUAUCUGCCAUUACUGCCAUGUCAUUAAUAGAUUCUACCUGCCAUUACUGCCAUGUCUUCAAUAGAUUCUAUCUGCCAUUACUGCCAGGUCAUCAAUAGAUUCUAUCUGCCAUUACUGCCAUGUCAUCAAUAGAUUCUAUCUGCCAUUACUGCCAGGUCAUCAAUAAAUUCUAUCUGCCAUUACUGCCAUGUCUUCAAUAGAUUCUAUCUGCCAUUACUGCCAGGUCAUCAAUAGAUUCUAUCUGCCAUUACUGCCAUGUCAUCAAUAGAUUCUAUCUGCCAUUACUGCCAGGUCAUCAAUAGAUUCUAUCGGCCAUUACUGCCAUGUCAUCAAUAGGUUCUACCUGCCAUUACUGCCAUGUUAUCAAUAGAUUAUAUCUGCCAUUACUGCCAUGUCAUCAAUAGAUUCUACCUGCCAUUACUGCCAUGUCAUCAAUAGAUUCUACCUGCCAUUACUGCCAUGUCAUCAAUAGAUUCUACCUGCCAUUACUGCCAUGUCAUCAAUAGAUUCUACCUGCUAUUACUGCCAUGUCAUCAGUAGAUUCUACCUGCCAUUACUGCCAUGUCAUUAAUAGAUUCUAUCUGCCAUUACUGCCAUGUCAUCAAUAGAUUCUACCUGCCAUUACUGCCAGGUCUUCAAUAGAUUCUACCUGUCAUUACUGCCAGGUCAUCAAUAGAUUCUACCUGCCAUUACUGCCAUGUCAUCAAUAGAUUCUACCUGCCAUUACUGCCAUGUCAUCAAUAGAUUAUAUCUGCCAUUACUGCCAUGUCAUCAAUAGAUUCUACCUGCCAUUACUGCCAUGUCACCAAUAGAUUAUAUCUGCCAUUACUGCCAUGUCUUCAAUAGAUUCUACCUGCCAUUACUGCCAUGUCAUCAAUAGAUUCUACCUGCCAUUACUGCCAUGUCAUCAAUAGAUUCUACCUGCUAUUACUGCCAGGUCAUCAAUAGAUUCUACCUGCCAUUACUGCCAUGUCAUUAAUAGAUUCUACCUGCCAUUACUGCCAUGUCAUCAAUAGAUUCUACCUGCCAUUACUGCCAUGUCAUCAAUAGAUUCUACCUGCCAUUACUGCCAUGUCAUCAAUAGAUUCUACCUGCCAUUACUGCCAUGUCAUCACAAACUGGAACAUUUUUGGGAGUUCCAAAAUUGAACUGGAAUGAAGUUACUCUUCUCAAAUAUGUCAUCGCAUCAAGUCCUUGUAGUAAUGUUACAGAGAAGCAUUUUAUUUGUUUUGUUGGGAGUUAAAUACAUGUAUUAUAUGUUAGUUUUUACUUGUACAUUUAUACAGUACAUGAAAUGUUCUCAUUUGUUCCUGUAUUGGAUGUAAUGGGAUUUGAUUCUAGCCACGUUAAGCACUUACUUAAUUCAGGUCCAAUGUUUUUACAUGUUUUCCAAACGUUUAAAAAUGUAUGUCAUCGCAAUACAUUCCACAGAGAACGGAUGGAAGCAUUUUAUAAAGUGAGAAAAAAAAGUUUCAACAUUUAAAAAAAUAUAUAUAAUUCCCCCAUAGUCCUAUUCAGAUUAUCAUUAUCUAAAUCUUAUGUAUCUAUUUCCAGUUUAUAUAUGUGAUAUUGAAACUGCAAGUUUUUGUUUCAGUAAAGACAAAAGACAAAAUGCAAAACAUGUCUUGCAUCUAAUUAAAGUAUAGUUGACAGUU